AUGUUGCUGCCCCAGCACAACACACUACAUCUCCUUGUCCUCAUACCACCUCCAUCCCAGAACUUGUGGACUAGAAAUGGGGUUCAAGAUCAUCCCACUAGACACAAGGUGGACUUCAACAUCUUCUACAAGGACCUCCUGGUGGAUUUGCAACGGAAAUAUGCUUCAGAUGCUGCUAUUAUGAAACUCAAUGCAAAGGCAUAA